AAAAAAAAAACUCAUAUUUUGGUUUCUGUUUCACAAAUCCCAAUCACUCUUACUACCAUUCAACAACAUCAGCGGCCAUGGACGACAAAGUAAAGCUUCACAUUGCAUUGUUCCCAUGGUUAGCUUACGGUCACAUUAUGCCAUUUUUUCAGGUGGCUAAGUUCUUAGGUGAAAAGGGUUAUCAUGUCUACUUCAUCUCCACCCCAAACAACAUUAAUCGUCUCCCUCAGAUCCCUAAUAACUUAUCUUCCCAUCUAAACUUUGUUCAACUUCCUUUGCCUCACGUUCAAGGCUUACCACAAGGAGUUGAGUCCACCGCAGAUUUACCCAUUCAAAAAGUCCCUUAUCUCAAACAAGCUCACGACUUGCUCCAGUUCCCUUUAAUAAACUUCCUCAAAUAUUCACAAGUCACUUGGAUCAUUCAAGACUUUGCCUCCUACUGGUUACCCAGUGCCGCCGCUCAACUAGGUAUCAAGACAGUUUUCUUCAGCAUAUUCAGCGCUACCACCUGCUGUUUUUUCGGCCCACCCUCAGAUUUAAUCGAUGGUCACCGUCAGAAACCCGAGGACUUCACGGUAGUCCCCCAGUGGAUAAACUUUGAUUCUAAUAUCAAGUUCAAGCUCCACGAGGCGACGGGUCACCAGGAGUGCAUGGACUCGGUGUCUGACUUUUACCGUCUUGGAACGGUGCUUAAAGAUUGCGGAGCCCUGAUUGUGAGGAGCUGCCCUGAGUUUGAGCCUGAAGCUUUUACUGUAUACAGAAAACUUUUAGAAAAACCAGUACUUCCGGUCAGCUUAUUACCACCAUCACUGCAAGCUUAUACCGUGACGGAUGGAAAAUGGCAAGUGUUAAAAGACUGGCUUGACAAUAAGGAGGAGAGAUCUGUGGUUUAUGUUGCACUCGGUACUGAGUUGACUCUGAGUCAAGAACUUAUGCACGAGUUGGCUUAUGGCUUAGAAAAAUCUGGGUUGCCUUUUAUUUGGGUGGUUAAAAAACGGCCACUUGUUGAAGGGAAGAUGGGUUCGGAUCAAGUUCCGCUCGGGUUUGAAGGUCGGGUUUCGGGUCAGGGCUUGAUAUGGAUGGAUUGGGCACCUCAACUAAGGAUCUUGGCUCACUCAUCGGUUGGUGGUUUCUUGACUCACAGCGGUUGGAGUUCAGUUAUUGAGGCGCUUGGAUUGGGGCGGCCACUGAUCAUGCUUACAGGGGGUUCGGAUACGGGGUUGGUCGCAAGGAUGAUGCAUGGGCGGGUAGGGUUAGAAAUUGAUAGAGAUGAGGGAGAUGGGUCAUUUACAAGUGAGUCGGUGGCUACGUCCAUUGGGCGAGUUUUAAUUGAGACAGAGGGCGAGCCACUGAGGGCAAAUGCAUGGGCCAUGAGAGAGAUUUUUGGGAACAUGGAGUUACGUACCAAAUACUUGGAAGAGGUGGCUGGGUUCAUUGAAAACGAUAAUACUCCAAGCCUCACUGUUUGACCGGUUGGUGUUAUUACACAUGGAUAUGGAAAUUCAAAUUAGUUGUGGUUUGUGAAGAUAAAAAUCUAAAUCUUCUGUAAUGAUUUUUAUUUUUGUUUAUUAAAUCAGAAAUUUGAAUGUGAUAUAAACUCCAAGUCAUCUUUUUGAAACUGCAUAAAAUUGUUAAGUGAAGCAAAGACAAUAAAAUGUGAAUCCAUUGACUCUCUUUCUCCA